GGUUCCACCAUGGAGGCCAACCUCACGGGCCUAUGGCCAACUCAUGGCUCUUCAUUGAUGUCCCCUAAAGCCAAAGCUGACACAAGCAAUGUCAUAGACACCGUUCAGGUCUUCUUCUACAGCAUGGUGUUCUUCCUUGGUUCCCUUGGCAAUGGAGUUGUGAUCGCCAUCACGGCCCACCAGGCCUCUCGCACCGUCAACUGUGUCUUUUUCCUCAACCUGGCCUUGGCAGACUUCCUGUUCUCUGUCAGCCGGAUAGUGCCACUGUUGAAGAACGCUUUCUACGGAGGCGAUUGGCCCUUUGGCAGCUUCCUGUGCAAAGCCAACAGCUUCACCAAGUACCUCAACAUGUUCUGUAGCGUCUUCCUCUUGGCAGCGAUCAGCUUGGACCGCGUCGCCUCUGUGGUCUACCCAGUGUGGUCCAGAAACCGCCGUGGCCCUCGCUUGGCAUGGGCGUGUGCCUUCAGUGCCUGGUUUGUGGCCACCGCAGCCAGCCUCCCGUUUUACGUCUAUCGCAGUGUGGCAUUUGACUCCAAACGCAACGAGACCAAAUGUUCCCUCACCCUGGGGGAUGGGGAGAGCGUGAAGUUGGUCUUGUAUCUGCUGAGGUUGGUUUGUGGGUUCUUGGCUCCCUUUGUCAUCAUCGUGGCUUGCUACGGGGUGAUCGCUGUGCAGUUGAGGCAGCGCCAAGCCACCAUUCGCUCCAAGAAACCCUUCAAGGUCAUACUAGUGAUUGUAAUCACUUUCUUCCUCUGCUGGGCACCAUACCAUCUCUUCCUCCUCCUCAAACUGAAGGGGUACAAAGGCCAGGCGGUUUCCAUUGGCCUUCCUCUCACUUCCUGUCUGGCCUACUUCAACAGCUGCGUCAAUCCCGUCCUUUACUUCUUCAUGGGUCUGGACUUCCGCAGAGAAAUAGGCCGCUUUAACGUCACGAGGGCCUUCAGAAGGACUUUGCUUGAAGGGACUGUCUACUCGUUGGGAGGACUUUCUGGCCGCAAGAAGGAAGCUGAUUCUUCUGUUGAUGACCUAGGCUGCUCCACAGUAGCCCAUGGGUUGGCCUGA